AUGCCACCACUUAAUAUAUUUGAGAAUUUGACAUUUUUACAAGUUCCACUAGAACAGAAUGGGUUAUCAAUUUUCAGAAAGAGAUUGUUUGUUAGAAAUGGAGCAAGAGUUAAACGUUCAUGGACUCCCAAAAAUAGGGAGACAUUUACCCAUAUCUUGGUUAAUCUAUCAAGGGUUCGAGAUAAUAAUGAUAUUUUGCGUCGAUUAAAAAUCCAAGAUGGAUCUGAACUUGGUCGAAUUAUAGUUGUUGAUGAAAUGUGGGCUUGUGAUUCAAUUGAGCAAGAAAAACUAUUGGAUACUGGUCCCUAUGUUAUACACUUUUUACCCAGGUUGGAGCCAAGUGAAAACACAGAAUCAGAAGCGGAGAAAACCAGUGAGAAAUUAAAUGAUUAUAAGGAAAAUACCAAAAAAGAUAAUGAUAUAAUUAACAAGGAAUCCAAGUUUGUUGCAGAGAGCUAUAAGAAUAGUCUUGCAGAUUUUGUUCAUCCCAAUAUGAAAAUAAUAAAUGAGCUUACAAAGUUUAUUGAUAUAUAUGAGGUGUUAGGUGAAGGUUUCCGAUCAUUGGCUUACAAGAAGGCAAUUCGAACUCUUUAUUCAACAAAUAAGCCAAUAACUACAAAAAAUGAUUGUGUUUCUUUACCAGGGAUUGGAAAUGGUAUAAGUUCUAAAAUUGAAGAAUAUUUUACAACAAAUAAGAUUGAGAAAUUAGAAUCCUUUAAGAAUGAUCCGAAAUUACAGGUGUUAACAAUUUUCAGAAAUGUUUAUGGAGUUGGGCCAGCAAUUGCUAAGAAUUGGUACGAUUUAGGAUAUCGAACUUUAGAUGAUAUUAAAAACAAUGUCCAACUAACCACAGCUCAACAAUACGGCAUAAAGUAUUAUGAUGAUUGGUCCAAAAAAAUACCAAGAGAGGAAUGCACAAAGCAUUUAGAGUUUCUCACAAAAAUUGUAGAAGAAAUUGAUCCAAAAGCAAAAGUAUAUUCUAUGGGUAGCUAUCGAAGAGGAAAAUCCUUUUGUUCCGAUAUUGACUAUAUCAUUACAAGGGAAGAAACAGAUUCGGUCGAUUACUUAGUCGAGAACUUAUUGCAAAAAUUGAUUGAUAAGUUGUUUGAAAUGAACUACUUAAACUGCAGUUUAAGUGGGCUAGGUCCCACCAUAACCAUAAAGGACGAUAUUGCAGAUACCUCGCAAAAAAAGAGAAAAGUUAUUCAUGGAACCAACUUUCAUGGUGGUUGCAGGUUGAUUGAGUAUGGCGACAAGGCCAUCUGUCGAAGAAUUGAUUUUCUAUUGACUCCCUGGAACCAUAUUGGAGCUGCUUUGAUGCACUUUACAGGAAACGAUACCUUCAAUCGAAGCAUCAGGCUUCGUGCUGAAAACAGGAAUAUGAAACUCAGCCAGAAUGGGUUGAUGAGGAAAAACGAGGAUGGAACGUUUUCGUUGAUAGAGGCCUUUGACGAAAGAAAGAUUUUUGAGAUACUCGAGAUGCCCUAUCUCACUCCUCAGGAGCGAAACUUGUAG